AUGGAUUCCAACUUCACAAUCGAAGUAAAUUAUACAGGUUCUUUUGUCCCCAAACCGAUUGUGUAUUUCAAUCCAGUAAAAAUGGUUGUUAGCAAUGUCGAUUUUAGAAGCAUGAGUUUCAUGGAGUUCAUCUCAGUCUUGGAAGAUGAAAAUGAUUAUGUUCAUUUCCUUGAUGCUGGAUAUGAGAAUGGGGGUAUCAUCAAUUUGUACAUUGAUCACACUCAAUAUCCAGUUAUGGAGUGGAUUGAAGAAGAGAUAGCUGAAGAUGGAUCUAUAGAUGGUAAUACGGAUGAUGAUGAUGAUGUAGACUCUGAGCUCUCAGAUGAUGAGUUCGUGGAGCAUGAGCUUGAUGAUGAAGUGAUACAACAACAACCAUCUGAUGAUCCUUUCCUUAGAAGAAAAUAUUUCAAGCCUCCAAGAGUUGUGGAUGAUGAGAAAGAUGAUAAGAAAGAUGUCAACAAAAAUCUUCAUAAGUAUCCAGUUCAUGAUCCUAACCAAAAAUGGGAUACAAUGUUUCCAGUCUUAGGUAUGAAAUUCUAUGAUUGUUAUGAACUUAAGCAUUUGUUAAACAAUUAUGCUGUUGCUAAUGGGUAUAAACUGUGGUAUGAAAAAAAUGAUUCAACUAGAUUAUUAGUUAGAUGUUGCAAAGGUGAAGAGAAGUCUAAAUGCCCUUUUAGGUUGUGGGCAACUUGGAUGAGUAAAGAAAGAUCAUUUCAGAUUAAGUCCUUAAUCUCUGAACAUAAUUGUAGUAGGGCCUUCAAUUUAGGUUCAAUGGUCACAUAUAGUUGGAUUGGAAAAUAG